AUGGGUGACAUGAACGCGAGACUGCACGAGCAGUUCGUCGGAGAGUCGCUCUGUCAGCAGGAGAACCUCACUUUCGGAGUCAGCACCGACGACCCCCGUGACAAGUCGGAGGAGCGCGUCAUCCAGGUCUGCAGAAAACUCGGGCUACCUCAGAGGCUCCUGUCGCGCACGGCGCUGGCGCAGACCGCCUUCAAUUGGUUGGAGGUCCUCUCCGAGCACGAGUUGCAGCUACUCACCUUCGCGCGAGGCUUCAUCGCCAACCCCAACGUGCUGGUAAUGCAUACGCCCACCCUGGGUUUCGACCAGCAGAUGGCCACCCAUGUCUUGACGACCAUGCGCGAGUUCGUGGAUUGCAAGGGCGUCGCGCUGGACGACUCGCAGCGUGCGAGCCGCCGCCCACGCACCUGCAUCUUCUCCUCCGUGCGGGCGCAGGGGCUGCAAGUGGCAGACCAGGUAGUGUUAUGCGAUCGCAACGGUUUCCAUGAGGUGCCGAAGGAGGUCGCCCCAGAUGCUUUGGAGUCCAUGUUGCUCGCCCACCAAGGCUCGCUCAGCGCUGCCUGAGGCGGAGGUGUGGGCGCGCACGCGCGCGGCCGCGGCGCUCGAUUCCCUCUCCGCGCCUGACCCCGCAGAAACGUGGCCUGAUCGUCUCCUGCAGGGGAAUAUCAGUAGGAAAUGCGGACGUGCAUACGCUUCGCGUUUUUUGCUGAAUUUCCUUGCGGCCGUGGACACGGUGGCCAGGUGCUUUCAGGCCAGAAGGGGAUCCAGGGCAGUACGCCGCGUCUGUGGAUGACCCAUGGCCGACUCCCUUCCUGACAGAGGCUUGGGCGAGGCGAGACGCCGCGCCACCACCCCAGACCUCGACGAGGUCUUCGAAGAAACAUCGGCGGCACUACCUGUAGGGAUAAGGAGCGCGAGGUUUCUGGGAUCCUUGUGCUCACUGCCCGCUAACGGGUGCCUCCCCGAGCGGCCUUUCGAAUGGCAUGCGCAACUUGGCUGUUCUUUGCUUGCCAAGAGCCCAACCCUCGGCACGGCGCUGUUCAAUUUCGUCGGUGGAGCGCUUCUAUCGCCGAUCGCACGUUGUCAUGCAGCCGAUCGAAUUGGGCCGUCGAUGUCCAGAGGUGCAGUGUGCUC